GGGAGAUCCUGGGUCGUGAGGUUCCCCUGCGUUUGGGCUCAUAUGCGCUUUCUGUAGACGUCCUCGCAUCCUGUUUCGUCUCGAAGCCGCUGCGGCGGUUUAUGCCGCAGGCGUAUCGGAUGUCGACAUUAUGGUCAUUGCACAUGCGUCGUUUUCGUUUUGUCAGUGGUUCGUGUAUAGACAUGUGUAGGUAUGUCGGUGUAUAUUUGUAUAUUGAUCGGCUCGAGAUUGCUCAGUAUGGGUUUUCUGGACUGGACUCAGCUUUGCUAGCCAGAGAGGACGGCAACGUGUAAACAAAUGCGGGUCACCUGAAUUUAGUCGGUCCCACAAGCGGUAUGAUUGCUUUAAGGUCUGGCUCCGUCUGGGUGAGGAUCCUCUUGGCCAGUUUCUGCUACUGCACGAGCGCAGAUGAAGUCAUGGACUCCUCCAUUGCCUGGCGCGACACAGUUGCUGAAGCUCGCGCGGGUGCAGCUGCCAUCGAGGGUGGCCUGGCUUCUGCGCGGAGGGCUCUUGGCCUUGGGGUCUCAGAUAAUGCGGACUAUGAGCUUGGACUGAUUCGUUCCUCGAUAUCGGCAGGCAUGCACGAGCUGAACAGCCUGCAGAGCAACAUGUGGGAAGACACGUAUCCUGCGUUGGGGACGGACUGCGCGUGGCGGUGUGCAUCAGUCGGGGGUUCUUGUCCUGCCAAGUGCUCCGAUCCGCUCAAGGGCAAAAGGCGGCAUAGGGCAAAAUUCAUAACGUGGCUUCGACAAGGCUUAUGUGACGUUUUCGAUCAGUAUCGUCGCUUGGUUGAGAACACGGCGCGAUUCGAGUGGUGGGGACGCCAAUGCACAGACCCAGAAAGCCCAUUGCGCGAGCGCGUGCUAGUCUCUGAGGCACAGGUGUGGUGCCUCUACCUGCGGCACAAUGUCACUUUGUCGAAUCACAUAGACGCUGUGACUCUGCCUCAGUUGAGGUUUGAGCAAGACGGACAUUCACAGCAGUUCCACGACGUGUACAGAAGUACGUUUGGCAAGGUCGCUCGUGGCCAUAAUACAGGAGAGUCGGUGGAAUUAUCUGAUAUCGAGCUGUUCGUCCGUUUGAGCGAUCUUGUGCAGCCGCGCAGGGUCUUCGUAGUUGGAAAUGCGGCUGGCUUCAGCACUUUGCUAUUGAGUUUUAUUUUCAGGAAUGCACCCAUUGACGUGAUCGAUGCUGAGAUUGAAGGCGACAGUAAUAGUGCAGGAUCUUCGUGGACUCGUUCGAUCGCGGCAGAGCAAGGCCGGGACGUUAAUCUUUUCACCGGGUUUUCACCAAACGAUACCGAGAAGGCAUUGCGCGGUCUACCAGGAGAGUAUGAUGUUGCUUUCAUUGACGGGUACCAUUCGGUUCAGCAGGUGGUAGCUGAUUUUGACGGUAUUUACCCGUACUUGUCGAAGAAGGCGAUCGUAGUGUUUCAUGACGUGAGAGGAAACCCUGAACCUGACAUUCUGCAGACCUGCGCCGUGUCGCCGAUCCCCCAAGAGCCUGGAAUUCACAAAAUUCUCUGCCGACUGACAGGCUCCUCCGUGUUUUACGUUACAUAUUUUGGUAUGGAUUUCCCUGUUCAUUUCGGAACUGGAUUGUUGUUUUUUGAUUGGCCAAAGGAUCUGAUCACGGGAGACCUGCGAUUUGGAAUCCAAGUGCACCCAAUAUGUGAUUGAUGAUGUAUCAAGAUCGUCUUGCUUCGACCCGUGUGCGGGGUGGCAGUUUGUUUGUUAUUUCUCUAUGCUGGAGACUUGCGAGGUCCACAUAUCGGAGCUGAAGUGCGGGAGGUGUGUGUGUGUGUGUGCUGUCUCUCGCAGUGUUGCAUUGGCACCAGUCCUAUUCAUUCACGCAUCUGUCGGCCACAGAUGCGUGCCCUGCGACUGCUAGUCGUGCGUCCUCAGCCGCCAGAGCGCGCGCAGUUCCAAUUUGACAGGCAGGUCUGCAUGAGUCCACCUGCAAGUUUCCGCAUGAGCCGCCCAUAGGCGGGCUUUGCAACGAGCUGUCUUGCAAGGCUGCGCGCUCUACGCUAUUGCUCUUUUGCCCAGCGCUUUGCUCGAAUGACUAGGCCAAAACAUAGGAGCAGCGUAAAGGUUGCAGCCGAGGUGGCAGCCACAGAAGAUUCUCCCCCAGUCGAGCGGGUUGCGGAGUCUAUCUUCCGCGAAGCUUUCUUGGCCCCUCGGCCUUGAUUUCAGGUGAGCACGCCUCCGCUGUCCUGCCGCUUCCGCGUCCUCGAGGAAGGGCGGAUGCGGACGUGGCAGGAAUCGAAGACGAGCAAA